AAAACCAUCUGAUGGGAAGAAAGGGGCCGAGCGCAUCACGGGCUUCCUGGGGCUGCAGCCCCCGGCACAGUUCCUCAUUCCGCUCGCACUCGGGCCUCAGACUCGGUGGAGCUCAGCACCAGGGCGUUGGUGGCAGCGCUGAGGGGUCCCCACUUGCCCAUCAUGGCGUCUGCUCUCACCAUCCUCCUCCUCGGCUGCUGGCUGGCCAGGCAGAGUGGGGUGUCAGGAGAGAGAAAUUUUCCCAAGCCCUCCCUGUCUGUGAGCCCCCGGGGGGUGACUGAGCCGGGGGAAAACGUCACCUUCCGGUGUGUGGGGGAACAGCCAGGCAUGAGGUUUGUUCUGAGUAAAAACGGAGCCUAUAAAAAGAUUCAGGACCCUUCUGGGAGUGAGGCCGUAUUUCCCAUCCCCAGCGUGGGACCGGACGACAGCGGAAUCUACACCUGCCAGUAUCACACCAAAUCACAAACAGCUGACUGGUCAGAGCCCAGCGACCCCGUGGAGCUGGUGGUACCAGGUGGAUCGGAAUCGCCGGCACCUCCGGGUCUGACCAGCCCCAUCAUCGCCGGGGUGAGCGCGGCAGCCGCCGUCCUCCUCAUCCUCCUUGUGGCCUUCGUCUGCUUCAGAAUAACCCGAGCCAGAAAAGGAGCCGCACUGAGACCGAGCAGCACCAGCCCUAUGGGGGCAUUAAAGGCACUGGCUCAGCAAGACCCCGUCUAUGCCUCCAUUGAUGAAUGGAAAGAGACGCAGAACCUGCCCCAGGAGCCCGACCCCGGUGCCGACGGACUCACCUACGCAGAGCUGGACGGCCAGGCGUUGCAGGCCAAGCAGGGGGGCCUGGCCCCUGCCCCCGAGCCCACCCAGCCCAGAAUGUACGCCAUGAUCAACAUGAGCCGGGGGCCCCCGCAGUGAGAUUCCCCCACAGCCAUGGGGCGCUAGCCCCCAGGGGGGCGACACCCCCUUGCAGUGCCAAACCCAAAGAAUUCUGCUUAUAGGGAAGAUUUAUGGGGGACGCUGCCCUCCCCCCACUACAGCCCCAUCCCAUGGAGCUGCUGUCCCCCUGCCCCCCCAGACCCACAUGUGGGGACCAGUGUGGAGGACUCAGCACAGGAAGGGGGAGGAGAUGCACUGAAGUGGCUGUUUAUAUUAUUUUGCAUCCUGUUAAUCUCCAGAUUUGUAAUAAACACAGACCCACAAACCAGCCCAACCUGGGCACCCCA